AAACGGGUGAUCAAAUCUAUAGUGGGCGAAGACAGGUGAAAACACAACAACACAAAAUCUGAAAUACAAUGAAUGCUUAAUAAGCCGGGAUUACUUAAAAAAUAUUCGGUUGCCGUCGAAACGAAAAAUAUGUAUUUAACCAACUGUCCGUCUUGCUCGUAGCAAUGAGAUGGUUAACACAGGGCCGGCCCGUCGGCCUAAAUUCAAGUCAUCUUUCCUUGGCUUUUUAAUCGUUAUCUGGCUCGUAUCUUAUACAACAGGAUCGAAAAGUUUCAAAAGGAAACGUGAAAAGAUUUAUACCAAUGGCUGGGCGGUAAAAGUGAAAGGAGGAUUUAAAAAUGCAAAAAUUGUGGCGAAACGACAUGGUUUUGCGAAAGUCGAAAAGGUCUGGCCUAUUAUUUAACCUUAUAUUAUUGCUUUGAAAUGGCAUUGUCAGACUUUAUUUAAACAAGAGGUCACUAAAACGUAUCUAACUACAAUAAACUAGUACCGGGAUAGUUUAAAACGGUAUCUAGUUUUCAAAACGAUUGUGAAACGAUAUUAUAUAGGGCACGAAUUACAGAAUAUAAGUUACGAACAAAGAUUAAAACGUGAAAAUUUUAAAGGUGUAGCCGCCAUGGGCUCUAAUUUAGCAGGUACCCGUCAAGGAGUGCAUGCGAUCCUAUUAUAAUGAAUGGAAAUCUUCAAUAUAAUUUUCUUAUAAUUACCUGACUGUUGUUUAUGAUAUUCGACAGUAGUCGGGAAAUUAUAUUAUUCUCUGGGUUCUUUAGUCUGUAACGGUUAUCCCGGGGCCAUACAGAAUCUGACCGAUGCGACAAAAAUUUACUGGCACAGUCGUUGAGUAGUAAAUUUGACUCUUGCGACUGGGGUUUGACGCGUCUUCACUUUAUCGUCUUCUUGCAAUAUACACUUGUGUGAUUAUAAUUUCGCGUCAGUCGCACGGAAGAAAACUGUUCAGUUCCAGUUUGACUCUACCAAACACUUUGGGUUUUGUCGGAUCCGGGUUCGGAUCACUGUGCCGUAAUUUUCAUCCGUGAUAACAUUGGGCCAUAAAGACCGGAUGAUGAUGACAAUUAAACUGAAUCCUCUCGGGAGAAUUGUUUAGAACUGAUAGAACUAUAUCCAUUAGGAUGUCAAAUUAAGAAAAGCUCCCAGGUUCUCGUCAGAUUCUUUUUUAAAAAGUAAAUGAGCCGCGAAGUUUUUUAUAUCUUUUUGCGCAAACAAAUGCCAAACAUUUUUAUUGAUAAAGACAAUUACAUAGACAGUUGAAAAGUGAACAGAAUUAACAUGUUGCACGAAUAUUUAGGAUCCUUCCUCAGCCAGUUCUUGGUUCAGAGCGGCGGGAAGAAAACAUGUGUGUUUAACAGCAAUAUUUAACAAUAUAUAAAGUUAGUUUAGCUUUAUUUUCUUCAAAUACACAUGCUUCUCAUUACAAAGUCCAGUGCGUAUCUUCGAGCAUUUUCAUUUUGGCGACUUCGACAUUAAAAGUGAGGCUUCGGUGGCUUCGCUACGGAUUCAUGCAUGACACUUUUGUGAAAAGAGUCAGUCAACGCUCCACCGAAAGUCGUGGGUUUUCUCAGGGUACUCCGGUUUCCUCCCACAGGGAAUGUUGACAGGGUUGGUUGGGAUUAUCCCCCUAACUGACCCUACCACCGUAGUUGUGCCCCGUGAUCAGACAUGAGUCAUAAGGUGGCUGCCAUAGGCGCCAUUAGAAAGCCUUCGACUCGAUCAGGUUGAGCUGCGUCCCUCGUAAUUCAGCUUAGCUACACCCCACUUACUUACUUACUUACCUAUUAACUGGCCACUUAUUUCUUCAACAGAUUGGCACACUGGAAGAUUAUUACCAUUUUGAGCAUCCAACACAUCCCACUCGGUCAAGACGCAGUGCUGUCGAGAUGACGGACUUACUUCAUACUCACCCAAAUGUAAGUCAACUACUAACUCUUCUGGCAAAGUGCUAAAGGCUCCGUAUUUAUGAGACAAAGUCGGACAGGAAAGAUUUUGUUUCGAUCAUAAUGUUGCCUCUACUACUCUAGCCGGUGUUUACGUGAGACUGGUUUGAAAAAAUAUUUAAUACACGGCUUUCCAACAUCUAGGUUGAAUGGGCAGAACAGCAACACGAAAAACUCCGCGUAAAACGAGGCGCUUAUCAUGAUGCAAUGGUCAAACGUCAUACUCAAGUGAAGUUUAGGGAUCCGCUAUGGAGCUAUCAAUGGUAUUUGGUAAGUGUUAAGUCGUUACUCCGUGUUCUUUUCCCUGUUUAUAACUUUAGCCUCAGCUGUAACAUCUACGGUGUUUGAUAAGCUGGAAGAAAUCUUCAUAGAUUUGGUCGAUGUACUCCAGUUUGAGACUGAUAGAGCCUCGGAUAGAGCUAUCCCGUGGAAUGGCUUUCACUGAACUUCUAGGGAAAAUAGUUUAUAGAGUCUGAGAGAGCUGUAGAUAUCAUGUAUAAAAGAUAAACUUAUUAUAGAAUAGGUUGCCAUUUGCUUCCUUUUUACACUGGACCAAAGAAGAUUCCCCCCUUGUACUGCACAGUUCCUAAAGGGGAGGGUGUGCUUAUUAUCCUUACUUGCAGCUGAGAGCUAAGCUCAAUUGCGAAGGACACAGCUCAACGUGAUCGAGUGGAUAUCUGAUCACGGAGCACAGCUACGAUGGAAGGGUUAGUUUAGGGCUAAUCUCAGCUUAGGGGCUAAUCCCAACCAACUCUGUCAACAUUCCCUGGAGAAAACCGGCGUUCUCGGAGAAAACCCACGAUUUUCGGCAAAGCGUUGACUGACUUAUUUCACAUGGAUAUCAUGACGUCUCGAACCCACGAUAUCAGAGGUGAAAGACUUUAAUUUAAAGAUACAUUAUUUUACACUAGGACGAUUCACGCAAAGGCUAUGACAUGGAUGUUCACGUCAUGUCUGUAUGGAAACAAGGCAUCACUGGAAAAGGAGUUGUUGUGACGAUUCUUGAUGACGGUAGGUUACCUGGGGCGCAAUAGCAACCAAACGAUCACCAAUGGUUAUAAUAUUGCCACUUUAAUUAAUAAACUGUUGAUCACAGUAAUCCUAUUUUAAAAUUUUCAUUUUCAAAGGUGUUGAGCAUAACCACACGGAUAUAAUGCGGAAUUACGUGAGUACAUCACAUAAGAUUUUGGUGGCAGCUUUGACUUUACAAAAUUUAAACAGCCUAUGCAUGAUAGACGUGAAAUAAUUUAAACUUAAUUCGCUUUUUGCAUUAUGUAGGACCCCGCUGCAAGCUGGGAUGUAAACGGAGGUGAUCCAGAUCCAUUCCCAAGAUAUGAUUCGACGAAUGAAAACAAGUAAGGAGUUUAUGCUUUCAUUCAGUGUUGUAUAACGAAUCGAGUCAUUGACUCGGACUCGAGUCGCAAUGUUCUUCGACUCGAGUCGAAUACGAAAAAUGACUCGACUCAACUCGAGUCAAAAGCCGCAAAUGACUCGACUCGGACUCGACUUGUUGAUUUCUGCCGUAAAUGACUCGAGUCAACUCAGCUACAACUUGUUCAGGAUAAAUUCAUAAAAAAUAUUGUAGUUGAAUAGGUUGGGAAGAGUCCUGAAAGGGCUUGAAGAAAUAAAAAGUAAUUCUCGAUGCAGAUCAGUGGAAUGAAUAUAAUUGGAACGCUACUUCCAACCGGAAAUUUGAAGCCAACUUGAAGGCCAGUCCCAGUCCUUUCACGCGCAUGUGAAGACCGCUUAAUCAGUGAAUCAUGAUAUAAACACGCGUGUCUUAACCCCCAGAUUUGACUCCAAGAAAAAGAUAGGUAGUUUAUCUGAAGGUAGCGUUCCAGAUGAUGCAGAUAGGCAUGUUUCCAUUGUAGGGAAAUUUCUAAGGCAUUUUUGUUCACCUUUUUGUUCACCAUACAAUUCGUGUAGCCACUGACUCGAGUCGACCAGAUAGUGAAAUGACUCGACUCGACCUUUGGGUGAAGCAUAGACUAGCUUUUUAAACUGAAGCAAGCGCCAAGUAAAGCUUGAAAUCUGUCAGUAGUUUCCAUAUUGUAUUUUUUCGGAUUUAUCUUAUUUUAUUUCACUUCUACAGACAUGGAACGCGAUGCGCGGGCGAGGUGGCAGGUCAAGCCAACAAUCACAAAUGUGGGGUCGGCGUAGCUUAUAACGCUCGCAUUGGAGGUAAGGAUUGCUUCAUGUUUCAACGUCCUUGAAGUUUGACUCCAAGCAUGGCAACGGUAAUUAUACAUUUAGAUCUAAUUUUCUUCUUAUACGUUACAUUUCUAGGUGUGAGGAUGUUGGAUGGUCGAGUGACAGAUAAAGUUGAGGCUGAAUCACUGAGUCUCAAUCCUCAAUACAUUGAUAUAUACAGCGCGAGCUGGGGGCCUAGCGAUGACGGGACGACAGUUGAAGGUCCGGGAACCUUAGCGACGGCUGCUUUUUUGAACGGAAUUAAAAAGGUAGGUCACAGCUUAAAUAUGCAACAGAUGGUACUGAGUCAACCGGCACGGAGUUAUCACGGUGAGAAAAUGAUGAUACGAACUGAUUGUAGUUGCAAGUCCUGUAUUUGGUGGUAAGAGUUAAAUAAACAGCGCACAAAAAAGCCAGUUCCUCCCUAAAUAUAUCAGCAUAAGUUCUAAACAAAUAAGUCCCUGAUAAACACACCCAGCACUAAUUAGACUUAUGGUAGUUCGUUUGAUGCUGUGUGAAGAAUAGGGUCACUCAUGCUUGAAAGAAUGACUUAACCUUCACAUCCAUUCCUCCUGCAACAAUUGAACCUGUCGUCCCUGUACGUUUGAUAUUUGGAUUUUUAGGGUCGAGAUGGAAAGGGUUCAAUCUUCGUUUGGGCAUCAGGCAACGGCGGUCGUCAUGACGACAGCUGUAACUGCGACGGAUACACCAACAGUAUAUACACACUGUCUAUCAGUUCGUCGUCGGAUCACGGGGAGUCACCGUGGUACUCCGAAGCAUGUUCGUCAACACUCGCUACGACUUUCAGCAGCGGAUCGAGAGGAGAGCAAAAAAUUGUAAGAAACCAAUGUUGCCGGGGUUUGUGUCUGCACUACCUGAAAAAGAAUGAAACCAUUUCGAGUUAGUUAGGAGGUUAUUUUGGCUACUUAUCUUCUGACGAUGAAAGUCUUUCCUCGAAAGUUAACGUAAAUGUCUUUAAUCUUUUCAGGGAGUUCAGACAUAAACCACGGCAGCUUAUUUUAGAAUGCUACAUGCAGUACAUACACUGGACCCCACGUUUGAGAAUUGAGAUAUCUUCCUCAGAUAGUUUGGACACAAACCACGGUAGUUUAUGUACAAUACUAUCUACACAACCACUGGACCGUAAAUCAUGCGAAUUUUUUCAUCAAAUGUCAUCAAGAUUACACGAUAUCAUUUUUUUACCAGGCAACCACAGAUCUUCAUAAUCAAUGCACGGAAAAACAUACGGGAACAUCUGCAUCAGCCCCCCUGGCCGCUGGAGUUAUUGCGCUGGCUUUAGAAGCAAAGUAAGUGGUUUACCAUGCAGGGAGGGUUGUGUCAGUUGCCUAUACUUUAGAGAUGAUAUACUAUAGGCUUCAUCGAUGAAGAACAGUAAUUUAGAACUGGUAGCGCAACCCAGUAAAAAUAAAGUUAACUUACAUAUGUUACCACACUUGCAACAUUGGACCAGGCAAUGAAGAAUGACUUUUACUGGACCUCUAAAGAGAACAGUUUAGAAUUGAUAGAUUUAUCCAUAUUUAUAUAAAUUUUAUACAUCGCAACUGCUCCUGGUUAGAUCUAAAUACAUGUAUAGAAUUAUAUAGGAAGAACAGUAUGGAACUGAUAGAUCUCUCCAGCGUAGUAGCAUUGGACCAAUGAAGCUAGAAUGACUUUUACUGGACAUUAGAGAUAACAGUCUAGAAUUGAUAGAACUCAAGACUCAAGUUAUGCGGGAUAAAUAAUGUUAGGUCAAUUUAGAACACUCAGUUUACCGAAAAUUAAGAGAUGGCCCUUACUGGACCCCUAGGAGGAACAGUUCGGAGCUGAUAGAGCUAUUCAGUGUAAAUAAAGUAAGUUUAGUUUAGGUUCCUUUAGGUUCCUUAAACCUAAACCAAACUUACUUUAUUUAUACUGAAUAGCUUUAUCAGCUCUAAACUGUUCUUCCUAGAGGUCCAGUAAAAGUCAUCUCUUAUUGAUCCAGUGUUACUUCAGAAGGAAACCUAAAUUACUAAACUUACUUUAUUUAUACUGAAUAGCUCUUUCAGCUCUAAACUGUUCCUCCUAGAGGUCCAGUAAGAGUCAUCUCUUAUUGAUUCAGUAUUUAGCACUGAACGGAACCCGGAGGUAGAACAGUUUAGAACCGAUAGAGCUAUCCAGUACAAAUAGAGUUUGUUUAGUUUCGGUUUCUCCUGUAGUAACACUGGAUCAACAAGAGAUUAUCCUUACUGGACCUCUAGGAGGAACAACUUAGAGCUGACAGAGCUAUCCAGUAUAAAUAAAGUAACACUGGAUCAAUAAGAGAUGACUCUUACUGGACCUCUAGGGAUAGAGCUACACUGGAAAAAAAUUUGAAAAUCCAUAGAAGGUCAUAGAAUGGAAAUUGUAUGGAUCUUUAUUGGAAAUAGAAUGGAUUUUGGUUAUCCAUAAUAAUUGUAUAUAGUAUUGAAAUAGUACGGAUAUACAAUGGAUUUAGUGGUGCAAUUGCAAACUUCAUGGUAUGGAUUUCACAUCCCCCCCCCCCAGUUCUAUCCAGUAUAAAUUAAUAUAAGUUUAGUAAUUUAGGUUUCCUUCUGAAGUUAACACUGGAUCAAUAAGAGAUGACUCUUACUGGACCUCUAGGAAGAACAGUUUAGAGCUGAUGGGGCUAUCCAGUUUACAUAAAAAUUGUUAAGGUUUCCACCUGGACUAAUAAAGAUGGGCAGAUGAUCCUUAUUAGAUCUCCAACCGUGGAGAAGAGUUCAAAAUUAAUAGAUAAAUCCACAAGUUCUUUUAGGAACAUUAAUCCCGUUGCAUUUUUCCCGCUUCAGUCCUAAUCUGACGUGGCGAGAUAUUCAACAUAUAGUGGUCUGGACAUCAAAAUGGCGUGCGCUGUCACAUGAUUCAGACUGGAACGUGAACGGACUUGGGCGACAUGUAAACCGGAAGUUUGGCUUCGGUCUCUUGGAUGCGCACGCUAUUGUGGCUCUGGCCAAGCUAAAGAAGAAAGUCCCGGAGAAAACAAUUUGUCAUGGGCAGAUCAAUCAGGAUCGAAAGUAAGUGAAGAAUAUACAGGGUGUGCAAAAGAUAGGUAAUUCAACUUUAGCACGCUCUUGUGCAAUCAAUAUUGAGUGCACAUAUCUAUUUUUUCCAUAUUACAACAAAUUGAGGUUCCACUAGUUGGAAAUUUCCGCGCGGAGCAGAAUUUCUCUUUGUCUUUUCUCAUUAGUUUCACCCGAGAAAUUACAAGACAAAGAAAAAUUCCACUCCGCGCAGAAAAUUCAGCCUAGUGGAAAACGGCCUUUAGCUUUUGAAUGACAAUUACGAACCGAUUAAAAAUUGCCGAUCAAAACCACAUUUUCCUCUUUUGUGCAUAAUUAAGCAGUACAAAGUGCAUUAAAAUGAAGCAAUUGCAUGCGAUAUAGAUAUCGAGUUUAUUGAUAAAAUGUUUGUACAAAACUAUGCAAAACUAUUGAAAAAAUUUCAUUUGGAUCUAAAAUUCAUGAAAUUCAAUUUCAAAAGCUGUAACAUUAGCAACAUAUGGGAUAAACUUAAAUAGUUGUUUAUAAAUGUGGUCAUUUGCUUGGCAAGACACAUUAGUGAUUAUUUUUACAUUGCCUUUUAUACACAAAAGUGGAAAAAUGUGAUUUUGACCGGUAAUUUUUAACCAGCUGGUAUUUGGUCAAUUGUGCUUGUGUCAUUCGAAUGCUAAAACCCUAAUUUUUAUUGAUAUGGAAAAAUUGAACCCGUGCUCUUAAUGUUGAGGUCACAAAAGCACACUAAAUUUGGAUUAUCUUUUAUUUUAUACACCCUGUAUAGAGCGUUUGCACAUGACGUCACAGUCGCCAUGUUGGUGUUCCAAUUCAAAAUCAUUUUAAUUGGACUCUUUUGUCUGGAACACCAACAUGGCCGCCAUGGCUUUUGUUGAGUUGGUCUCUGGCUUUUGUCGAGUUGGUCCCAAACGAUCUAUAGAAUUAAGGUUUACGACAGCAUGGAAUAGAAAAUGCUGAUACAAAGUUGCCUUUCUUGUGUUCUAUGCUGUGUGUAAACUGAAACAAUAGUAACUAGGCAUGUGAGUGAAUUAGUGCUUAGUUACCAUUGUUUUAUUCCAUUCUUUUGGUAAACUGGAACAAAGUAAGCAAACAAAAGUCAUGUAAUAAUGCCACGUCUCUCAUUCACUUUUAGACUGAUCAGACGUGAGAAAGGCCUGACGGUGAAGAUCAAAGCAAACGGUUGUCAAGGCAACCAAGACGAGCUACGCUAUCUAGAACACGUUCAACUCGUUUUAACAUUAGACUACACUAGGAGGGGAGACCUCGCAAUAGAUCUCACUUCACCGAUGGGAACAAAAUCACGAUUACUUUCCCCCCGGGGAGAAGAUCUCUCUGACGAAGGCUUUAUGAAAUGGCCGUUUAUGACGACACAUUCCUGGGGCGAAGAUCCGCGCGGGGCCUGGACUCUAGAGAUAAAUGACGAAGGAGACUCGCGCGCGAACCACGGCAUGUUAAGAGAAUGGGGACUAGUGUUACACGGCACUAAAGACAAACCACCCUACCAGCGGGUUAAACACCCGGAUAAACCACGCCCGACUAAAGCCGUGCCGAAACGCAAAACUAGUCACGUGACCGAGAAAGUCCCGGAUGGUCCAACAUAUACUUUUGGCCCGCCGCCAAAUUUGGAAACAAUAAAAUAUAAACCGUUAAAUGAACAUGCUAAGGUUCAAACCCAACCCAGACCAGUUCAAAAUGUAUACCGAGAACCAUUGCCAGUUUCUAGAACUAACAUACCACAGCAACCCGCAUGGACAAAUAACUACCCGCAAAACCCGCCCCCUCAGCCACAACCCAUCGCCUCGUACGAGACGGUACAAAGUCCCGCGUACAAUUAUCCCUCCCGGAGUUUCGGUACCUCGGACAUUAGUGCCCCGUAUUACGGGCAAAUGCAGCCAAGACUUGCGUACGAUCAAUGGAAUAGUAAUAAUGCGUACGGAAAUUAUCCUCCCAAAACAUACAAUACAUAUAAUUAUUUGAGAUCAAGACGAAAACGGAGAUCUCUGGAGUAAGUUUAGUAGUGUGCCAGGUUGUACAUUAUAAGAUGAAAUGUGUAAAAAAUAAAAUUCAAAAUUUGUUAAUGUUCUGUGCAGUUUUUUUCCUCACGAACAGAUUUGUUUACUG